GAGGCAGUUACCGUACAGCACUGUAUAGAGGCGCAGCAGGGUUUGAAGCUGGAGCACUUGUUCUCAGCCCUGCAAGUGCACUGACCUGCUCAACAUGGGCUCUUCACAGUCUGAACUGCGCCAACACCAGCUCCAGGAUCUCUCGGAUAAAACAGGCUUUUCUCCGGAUCAGAUUGCAAACCUGCACAAACGGUUUAAGAACCUGUCCAACAACAGCGACACCUUAAGCCGAGAUGACCUGGAGAACAUCAGCGAUUUGACCUUUAACCCCAUUCGAAGCCAGCUCAUCAAUGCCUUCUUCGACAAAAGGAAUUUCAGGCAGGACGAGGUGGGCACUGUGGAGGAGAUCGGCUUCGAGGAGUUCCUCACCGUCAUGUCACACUUCAGGCCACUCAAACAUAACCUGACGCAGGAGGACAAAGAGAAGAUUAGAAUAGAGAAACUGCGCUUUCUCUACAACAUGCACGACAAAGACAACGACGGCUUCAUCACUCUGGACGAAUACAGACAUCUUGUAGAAGAGCUGCUGUCCAAAGCUGCUAUAGAAGGAGAAACAUCUAAAGCCAUCGCAGACGCUGCGAUGCUCGAGGUCGCGAGUGUCACCAUGGGUCAGAUGGCUCCUGAUGAGGUUUAUGAGGGAAUCACAUUUGAACAUUUCCUUCAGAUUCUGGAAGGUGUGGAGAUCGAGUCCAAGAUGCACAUCCGCUUUUGGGACACGACAACGCUGAACUGUAGAAAGUAAAACAUUUCCACACGAGAUGAACCUCGUCGUCGUCGCCGCCGCCAAACCUCCGCAUCACAUUCUGACCUUUCUACUUCCUCUUCGAACGUCACCGAACCUUCCAGUGCUGCUCCGCAACCGACACCUGAACGGGUCGGACGAGAUGAACGGCAUUUCUUUGAACAUACCUUUUAUCUGACGCUUGAGACACUCAUGCAGGUGUUGAGGGAAACGAUAGAGCACGGCCGAAAGGAGAGACCGUUUGGGGCAUAAUAUAUUAAUCCCUUUAGCCUUAGCUAUUUCGGGUGCCUUUGAGUAGAGGUUAAAUUCUGCACUAAAAGCGUAUUAGCAAUAGACACACACACACACACCGAUAAGUAUUUCAACAUCACCUUGGUCCCGUUUUAAAGGUUAGACAAAUAUAUUUUAAAAUGUUUUUAGUUUAACAAUUUCACAUUCAAGACAUCUUUUGCUUUUUGGUGUUUGUUUAGUUCGAGAGUUUGUUGACGCGUGAUGGAAGCCGACCUCACUCCGACUCUGUGCUGUAAAUAUCUGAAACAGAGGAAAUGUUCAUGUUACCCUCUAUACAUCCCUCUAUUCGUCUUUCCUUCGUCGUCAUGUAACUCCCCAUUACAGGUUGCAUUAUUUACUGCCCAGUGUCUUCUAAAUGAGGAUGAAGUUCACUUCUGAGUCUGGUUCCUUCUCAGGGAGUUUGUCCUCACCACCGUCGCCUCCGGCUUUCUCGUUAUGGAAGGAUGUUAGAGAUAAAGAUUCAUUUCAUUUUAAACAUUACAAUUUUUAUUCUGUUUCUAUACUUCUAUAAAGCAGGGGGGGCACGGUAGCUUAGUGGUUAGCACGUUUGCCUCACACCUCCAGGGUUGGGGGUUCGAUUCC